AGCUGGUGGUGACGUCACGACGGCGUGCCCGGCCCACGUGCAUUGGGCUCCAGCCUUGGGGUCCACACAGCCAGACUUCCUAGCACAAGGGCGGCUCGUUGCGGAGCUGGAGAACGAACCUAACCGGUGUCAGAUUAUCGCUGUCAUCUAAAUCUCUACCGACGUUACUGUGAGACGCCUCCUCGCUCAAAUUCGGCGCAAUUUGAUGUCAACUCGAGUCUCCCUCCACCCCCUUGAGGAUGCUUUGCGGCGAAGAUGCGGCGGUCUGAAAUUUCCAUUGACCUUCGCUCAGCAGCAUCGAAGCACUGUACUAAAGGGGCGCCCCUGCCUCUGCCUCACAUAAACUCCCGGUGUCGUUAGAAACACAGGUGUUUUGAUUGUCUUCUAGCCGCCAGUCUCCCAUUUUCUUUCUACUCAAUCAAGACCGAGGCAGAUGCCCGUCGCUCUGUCACCCUGGCUUGUACUAUGGUGGAGUUUCCAUCUCUCAGUCCUUACUGGCCUCUCAUCCGCUUUCUGGUGCCUUUGGCGAUCACCAACGUUGCUAUCGACCUCGGGGAACAGGCCCUCAACAGGGGCAUAGCCACAGUCAAAGAGGAUGCAGUUGAAAUGUUGGCCAGCUAUGGCCUGGCCUACUCCCUGAUGAAGUUCUUCACUGGACCCAUGAGCGACUUCAAGAACGUGGGAUUGGUGUUUGUUAACAGCAAGAGGGACCGGAAGAAGGCUGUGUUUUGCAUGGUGGCGGCGGGGGCCAUCGCAUUUGUUCUGCAUAUCUUGAUAGCGUACACAGAUUUAGGAUACUACAUCAUUAAUAAGCUCCACCAUGUGGAUGAGUCUGUGGGGAGCAAGACAAGGAAGGCUUUCUUAUACCUGGCUGCUUUCCCUUUGUUGGAUGCAAUGGCAUGGAUUCAUGCAGGGAUACUUCUCAAGCACAAGUACAGCGUCAUAGUAGGCUCUGCCUCCAUCUCUGAUGUUGUGGCUCAGAUUGUGUUUGUGGCCAUUCUCCUCCACAGUAACCUGGAAUGUGUGGAGCCUUUACUCAUCCCAAUCCUUUCCCUGUAUAUGGGCGCCUUGGUCCGUUUUAGUAUUGUCGGUAUGGCUUACUACUGUAACAUUCACGACAAUAUCCCAGACUCCAGUGGACUUGAUGUGGGGGGUGAUGCCACCAUCAAAAAGAUGCUGAGUUUCUGGUGGCCCCUGGCCCUCAUCCUGGCCACUCAACGCAUCAGUCGACCUAUCGUAAACCUCUUUGUGUCUCGUGACCUCAAGGGGACCAGUGAAGCCACAGAGGCUGUGGCAGUGCUCACAGCCACUUACCCUGUGGGUCACAUGCCCUACGGUUGGUUAACUGAACUGAGAGCAGUGUACCCUGCCUUUGACAAGAACAAUCCCAGCAACAAGAUGAAUGCUGGCAACCCCGUCACCAAGUCGCAUAUUAAAAAGUUUACAUUUGUCUGUGUGGCUCUAUCACUCACGCUUUGCUUUGUGGUGUUUUGGACCCCGCACGUGUCAGAGAAGAUCCUGGUCGAUGUCAUUGGAGUGGAGUACGCUUUCGCUGAGCUGUGUGUGGUCCCGCUUCGAAUCUUCUCCUUUUUCCCCGUGCCAGUGACUGUUCGUGCUCAUUUGACUGGAUGGCUAAUGACCCUGAAAAAGACCUUUGUACUGGCUCCCAGCUCAGUUCUCCGCAUUGUUGUCCUCAUCACCAGUCUGGUUGUGCUGCCUUAUAUGGGGGUUCAUGGGGCCACACUUGGUGUUGGAUCCUUACUGGCCGGUUUCGUAGGGGAGUCAACAAUGGUUGCCAUAGCAGCGUGCUAUGUUUAUCGACAGCAGAAAAAUGAGAUGUCCAGUGAGCUGGUGGUAGAAGGUGAGGACUCUGCCCCGAUGAGUGAGGUGUGCUCCAGGACUCCAAUGGAUGCCAUUGAGGAGCUCCAGGAGGAAGAAGAGGAACAGGAGUGAACUCUGACAGCAGGAGAGGGUAAAGCCUACCUCCUUGUGGAACUUGGCUGAAGAGGAGAAUGCUGAGUGUUACAAUGCUGUAGAUGAGCGAGGACCUGAAUAUGGCUUGGUUUCAGAGGUUCUCCCAGUAGAAAUGAACUUCCUAUAAGAGUGAUGAGGUCUUUGUGUCGACCUGCACACCAUUAAAACGCACACUGUAAAGAAAGCCACGCAUGUCCAAAUGUUCAUCCAUCAUUGUAAAUACCUUUUGUCUUCUGACUCUUGCAGCAGUUCUCAGUUUUGCGUCGUCACUUCAU